AUGAAGGUUGAGCACAAUAUCCGCGACAUAUCCCACCAUGCCGCAAACUCCAAAAAGACCACAGCAAAGCCAGCAAAGCAACAAAAGGCCAAGCCCAAAGCCCAACCGGAAUCUCAAGGGCAGGCAUCAUCUUCCGCAGACACAAACGCAGUCGACGUCCUCCCCCUAAUCCACCAGCAACGCCUCCUCUCCUCCUUCGCCUCCGCCUUCCAACCCGUCCUCGCCUCCCCGGCCUUCGCCACGAUCCUGCAAGAAGUCAAGGCCGCGCUCUACGCCCGCGACUUUGACGCCGCCUUCACUUCCGCAAAGGCGGAGAGCCUGGAUGCCUACGCUGCGAGGUGGAGUCCCACCCGCGCCCUGGCGUACGCUGUUGUUCUGCUGGGUAUCGCGGAGCACCUCGAGGGGUUGGAGGUCCAGGUCAAGAAGGCUGAAGAUGAGGCCGGAGCUGAAGGAGGAGCUGAGACGACGCAAAUCAAAAAGGAAAUCAAGAUCCUCUCCAUCGGCGGCGGCGCCGCAGAACUAGCCGCCCUAGCAGCCUACCUCUCCCAACAACCAGCCUACCUAAAAGGCACAAUCACCUGCCUCGACGCAGCCCCAUGGGCCCCGGUAGUCUCCAAGCUCCACGCCGCACUCACGGUGCCACCCCCGGCCUCGCGGUACGCAAACGAGGCCCAAGCCACCGCCGCAGCCCUCGUGGACCCCGCGGCGCGGCUCUCAUCGUCCUUUUCGCACCUCGACGCCCUCGCAAUGUCACGGGACCAACUCUCCAAAGAGCUCGGCAAAGAGGCAUUACUCAUCACAUUACUAUUUACCCUCAACGAGCUCUACACCGCCGCGGGCAUCGGCAAGACCACCGCCUUCCUCCUAAACCUGACCGCCACCGUGCCCCUCGGCUCCCUGCUCCUCGUCGUCGACAGCCCCGGGAGCUACUCCGAGGCCGCCGUCGGCAAGGAGUCGAAAAAGUACCCCAUGCAGUGGCUCAUGGACCACACCCUCGUCAACAAGCCCCAAAAGGACGGUGUGUUUCCGGGCUGUCGGUGGGAAAAGGUCGAGUCCAACGACUCCGUCUGGUUCCGCCUCGCCGAUUCUCUCAACUACCCAAUCUCUCUGGAAAAUAUGCGCUACCAAAUGCACCUGUAUCGCGCAACGAAACCCUAA